AUGGUGAUUUUUACGUCAGUCGAGUUCCAGUGCUUGAUGCCACAGUGUAGUUUUAAUUUUGCUUCUUCACUUUCGGCACCGGCUGUACUAUGCCGGAAUUUCUUUCCUGCGAGACUUAAUUAUUGUAACCAGCCGUUAAUUAAGCACUGCCAGUGCAGAUUGAGGGGCAUCUUGAAUAAUUCUAGAUGCCGGACUCGGAUAUAUACUUCGGAUAUGGUUAGAGACGCAGGAGAGAGAUUCGAGGAUGAUUCUCUGCUAAGUGAAGAUUUAACUGGUGAUUCUUCAGAUAACAAGCAGGUUUCCAACGUUCCCCCAAAAUUGCAGGAAAGAGAUUUUACUGACACCCCUUACGUUCCUGUAUAUGUGAUGCUACCUCUAGGAACCAUCAAUAUGGAGUGUGAGCUGGUUUAUCCUGAUGAGCUGAUGAACCAGCUGCGGACGCUGAAGUCAGUUAAUGUUGACGGAGUUAUGGUUGAUUGCUGGUGGGGAAUAGUAGAAGCAAAUGUCCCUCAGCAAUACAACUGGAGUGGUUACAAGAGGCUUUUUCAAAUGGUUCGUGACCUAAAGCUCAAACUUCAGGUAGUUAUGUCUUUCCAUAAGUGCGGAGCAAAUGUAGGUGAUGACGUACAUAUACCCCUUCCACAAUGGAUCAUAGAAAUUGGCCAUAAAAAUCCCGACAUUUUCUUCACAGAUAGAGAGGGAAGAAGAAACCAUGAAUGCCUUACUUGGGGAAUCGACAAGGAACGGGUUCUAAGAGGCCGAACUGCCGUUGAGGUUUACUUUGACUACAUGAGAAGCUUUCGUGUAGAAUUUGAUGAGUUCUUUGAGGAUGGUGUUAUUUCUGAGAUUGAAAUUGGGCUGGGUCCAUGUGGGGAGUUACGAUAUCCAUCUUAUCCUGCUAAACAUGGUUGGAGAUAUCCUGGCAUUGGUGAAUUCCAGUGCUAUGAUAAAUACUUGAUGAAGAGCUUGGAGAAGGCAGCAGAAGUUAGGGGCCACUCCUUUUGGGCUAGAGUACCCAAUAAUGCAGGUUCCUAUAAUGACAAACCACACGAAACAAGGUUCUUUUGUGAUGGAGGUGACUAUGAUAGCUAUUAUGGAAGAUUUUUCUUAAACUGGUACUCUCGGGUUCUAGUUGAUCACGGGGAUCGGGUACUUGCCCUAGCAAAUUUGGCCUUUGAAGGUACUCCAAUUGCUGCUAAGUUAUCAGGUAUCCACUGGUGGUACAAGACAGCAAGCCAUGCUGCUGAGUUAACUGCAGGCUUCUAUAAUCCUUGCAAUCGUGAUGGCUAUGCUCCAAUUGCAUCAAUGUUGAAAAAGCACGAGGCUGCUCUAAACUUUACUUGUGUUGAGUUGCGUACACUAGAUCAGUAUGAGGACUUUCCAGAGGCAUUAGCAGAUCCUGAGGGGUUAGUUUGGCAGGUGCUGAAUGCUGCAUGGGAUGUUAGCAUACCUGUCGCAAGCGAGAAUGCCCUUCCUUCUUAUGAUAGAGAAGGAUAUAACAAGAUACUAGAAAAUGCCAAGCCUUUCAAUGAUCCGGAUGGAAGACAUUUAUCGGCCUUUACAUACCUUAGGCUCAGUCCGGACCUCAUGGAGAGAUGCAACUUCAUUGAGUUUGAACGUUUUGUACGAAGAAUGCACGGGGAAGCCAUUUCAGACUUGAAUGUGAUAUUUCUCAACGGGGUUCGUGACGAAAACGUAGCUUUUAGCACAUGA